CUCUGGGGGAGAGAGAGAGAAGGAGGGAGGGAGAGACAGCAGCAUUGCUCGCUGAUAGUCUUGUCAGAAACUGCGCCGAUCUAAUGCGUCUCUCAUAAACGCGCCAUUAACAGUCGACCAAGGGCUCGCCGUCUUCAAAGUUUGGAUUUCCUCAUCCAUCCCGUGCGUACUCUGUGCCAAUCCGAGCAGGUGGAUGCUGUCAUGCCAUUUGGGUGCCUUGCUCUGCGAGAUGGGCGAACAUACAACAGCCUGUCAGACAUCACUGACAAAUACGAGAUCGGACAGGUCCUCAAGGCGAAAGAAUUUUGUGAGCUGUGCCUGGUGAAGGAGCGACAGACGGACAAGGUUUAUGUGUGCAAGAAAUUCCUCAAGAAGGAUGGCAGGAAAGUGCGGAAGGCAGCCAAGAACGAGAUCAUGAUCUUGAAAAUGGUCAAACAUCCAAACAUCUUGCAGCUGAUUGAUGCAUUCGAGACCAGAAAAGAGUUCUUCAUCAUACAAGAGCUGGCCACAGGUGGAGAUGUGUUUGACUGGAUCUUAGACCAGGGUAACUACACAGAGAGAGAUGCGGCCAAUGUGAUCCGCCAGGUCCUAGAAGCCGUGGCGUACCUUCACUCCCUCAAUAUAGUCCACAGGAACUUAAAGCUGGAGAAUUUGAUGUACUACAGAGAAAGUAACCACAACAAAGUUGUGCUGCGGGAUUUCUACCUGUCCAGGUUUGAGAAUGGUUCGAUCACUGAGCCCUGUGGCACACCUGAGUAUCUAGCCCCUGAAGUGGUGGCACGUCAUCGCUAUGGAAGACCAGUUGAUUGCUGGGCAGUGGGGGUCAUUAUGUACAUACUGUUGUCUGGAAACCCUCCAUUUUAUGAUGAAACUGAGGAGGAGAACACUGACAUGCACAACCGGAUUAUCUUCUGCCGCAUUGUUGGUGGAGAAUUUGAGUUUGACUCGCCAUACUGGGAUGACAUUUCUCCUGCUGCGAAAGAACUAGUCUGCAGAUUUAUGGAGGUCGACCAAAUGCUGAGAAUUACAGCACAAGAUGCACUUACACAUGCAUGGAUUGCUGGAAAUGGUGCAUCUGAAAAGAAUUUGAAGGAAGGAGUUUGUGCUCAGUUUGAGAAAAACUUUGCAAAGGCCAAAUGGAGGAAAGCAAUUCGUGUGACCACAUUUAUGCAGCGUCUCCGAGCCUCUGAUAUAGGAUCGUCCGAAGGGGCAGUGGAAGGCCAGGGUGAAGGGGUCAAAGCAGAUGCAUUAGAUGGUAAGGGGAUACAAACAGACUCAGGUGGCGUUUCUGCUGUAAGCGUGUCCCAUGAGGUCUCUGUCGAAAGCAGACCCACAGAGAACCAAGAAGCGGGACAAAGAAAAGUAGAAGAGAAAGAAACAGAGACUCUUGGCCAAUCGAACAGCUCUUUGAAAAUACAAGCAGAGGAGGCACCGAACAAGAAAGAAACUACAGAAGGCACUUCUGAAAUGGACAAAUCAACAACAGGUGCAAACCAGAAAGCAGCACCCGUUCAGCCCAUCACAACCUCAGACAGCCGUGAGAACAGCAUCCCUGUGGAGACAGAGGCCACAACUCUUGGCAAUGUUGAGAAGAAAUCACCUUUCCAUGAUACUCCAAAUCGACGCAAGAUUGCUGCCAAUCUCUCGAUGGAUCAUGGUUCAUGUUCUGAUGCCAAAACUGGUACUCUGUCAACAGGAAAGGAACCCCCUCUCCAAUCAGAUGACAAGAAAGACACAGUCCACGAUAUGACCGCAAGUAGCUGGUGUCAAACACAACUCCCAGAAGCAGUUGCAGAGAGGUCGGCAGAAGUUGGGGCACCUUCUGAGGUCAAUCCCAAGAGCAGAGAGUUGAAGAAGGGUCGAGCAGACAAGGGUAGCCAGUCGGUGAAAAACAUCCAGUCAGUUUAUGCGGGAUUGGGAUCUUCAAGUCUUGGCCAGGAUCAAACUGUAUUCGUGCAGGAGCUGCAGGAGAUGGUCCAUGGUGCAUCGGGAUAUGGGAGUCCGUACUGUCCAACCUACUCUGUCGGACAGUAUGGAGGUCUAGAUCCUGGGAGUGCAGCCAGUGCCGACUGGCAAAUGGAUUGCGUAAUUGAACAGAUUGAGAAGCAAAUGGCUGCUGUACUAGAGAAGAUUGAGGGGGACAUGCCUUCUCUGCUGGAGCAGAUCAGUGACCAUCCUGAGACCCUACCAAGAGCAAAGAGUGCCAGCUCAUCCCCUUCACCUCGCCCUCGCUCGUACCAUCAUUCGACCCCACCUCCCCUUCCCACCACCCCCCGCCCAGUAAUGCCUUCUUUACCACACUUGACCAUCCCGCCCCCUUCAUACCCACCACCUUCCCCACCCAGUCAAAUCCAAGGUCACAGCCAUCCAACUCCCGACGAGAGUACCAGUGAUGGCCAGAAGUCUACAAGGCGGUCUGGCCAGUCACCAAGAGGAAGUGUGUCAGGAAAAGGGUUGUAAAUAUGCUAACAGGAUGUGAACACUCAAGAAUAAUGAAGGUACACUUUGUAACUGAAUCUUUGGGAUGUGGAUUAUGGAUCCAUUAGUACAGUAUUCCUUUAUGGGCUGAACAAGUGGGCUCAAACAUAAAAGAGCCUCGUUAUUGAUUGUAUGUGAUGGAUAAGAAGCUUUUUUUUAACGUGUAAAGAGGAAAGUAACUAAGCUAGCUGAAUAUAUGGGAACACUAUUUUGUAUUAUUAGAGGACACAGAUAAGGUUAUCUCACUAUACAUGGGUGUAAAUGGUUAUGCUCUACACUACCAGAUCAUUGCAAAUGCUAUUAUGUUUCCUAAAUAAUAAUUUCAUAAUUGUAAUGUAGAGUCUGUGGAGAGUUUAUAUACAACAGUUUAUAUAACUUGAACAUUUCUCCUUUAAUGGCACUUGUUCCCUUAAAACAAGUCGGCAACCUGCUCUGUUUUGGAGAACCGCUGCACGUUUGCUCUUCGCCAGGUACUGACGUUGGAGGGUUUUAUCGUUUUUUUUGUCACUUCAUCCAUCUUGGAUUUUUGCUCUGAGAUAGUGAAGUUAAAGCAGUGCAUCUCUGUACUCUCAUCAAUCAUUUUCCCUGUGUAAUAUUUCCAAUAAGGCUAUUUAAUUUAUCUUUCUUAUCGUUUGUUCUCACACUGUACAGCCCUUUCUAUAAGUCUCUGCCAGACACGACAGGUUUUCAUAGAUUGAGAAUGAUAAAGCUCAGAUAAUGUGAAUUGAUCAUAACUUUGAGACUUUAUAUCUAUAUUUUCUAUCCUGGCCCUUUUUCUAAAGUUAUAUGUGUCCAUCUAUGUGUUAGUUAGAUUCUCAUUCUCUUACUCUCUUUUCUUAAGUAAUGAUGCAUACUAAUAUAUCUUUGCAAUGUAUAAUACUUUUGUUAAUAUAUGCUAGAGUAACUAAGCUCUAAUGUCUAUAUGUAAAGUCCUCGCAAAUGUCUGUGAAAUGUAACUGUGGCUUCCCCCUCCCCAAAUAUUAUAUAGUUUUUGGUGAUGUGAAUAUUCUUCCAAGUUAUUUUUUGCACUCUCUACAUGAAUAUUUAAAUAAAAUUCUGA